AGAUUUCCAGAAAGACGGUGAGAAAACAAGUGGCCGCCGAAGUGGCAGAGAUUGUUCGAGUUCUCCGCCUAAAGCGAAGAAGUUCCUCCGGUCAACGUUGCUUCACUUUAGUCCCCUCUUUGUGAUUUUGUUGUGCGGAUCGUGUGCUUUACACAGCGGGGCGGGAUGACGACUAUUGACUACAGCGUGUGGGACCACAUCGAGGUGUCGGACGAUGAGGAUGACACGCAUCCCAACAUCGAUACGCCCAGCUUGUUUAGAUGGAGGCAUCAGGCGCGCGUGGAGCGCAUGGAGCAGUUCCAGAAGAAGGGCGAGGACCUCGAGAAGGCUGUCGCGGAGUGCAAGCGCAAGCUCGCGGAGGUGCAGAAGAGGACGCGCGAGCUGGGGGGCUCGGCCACGGACGACGCCAAGGCGGAGCUGAGCCGCCUGCAGGCGGAGGAGAAGCAGCUGAAGAAGGAGGAGCGCAGCUGGGAGAGGAAGCUGGAGGAGCACCGCCGCGAGGAGAAGAAGAUGCCCUGGAACGUGGACACGCUGAGCAAGGAGGGCUUCAGCAAGAGUGUGGUGAACAUAAAGCCGGAGGUAAAGGAAGAGACAGAGGAGGAGAAGGAGGAGAAACACAGGACCUUUGUGGAGAAGUAUGAGAAACAGAUCAAGCACUUUGGGAUGCUGCGGCGUUGGGACGACAGUCAGAAGUACCUGUCGGACAACCCCCAGCUGGUGUGCGAGGAGACCGCCAACUACCUGGUCAUCAUGUGCAUCGACCUGGAGGUAGAGGAGAAACAUGCCCUGAUGGAACAGGUUGCCCACCAGACGAUCGUCAUGCAGUUCAUCCUGGAGCUGGCCAAGAGCCUGAAGGUGGACCCGCGUGGUUGUUUCCGCCAGUUCUUCGCAAAGAUUAAGACUGCAGACCAGCAGUACCAGGAUGCCUUUAACGACGAGCUGGAGUCCUUUAAGGAGCGUGUGCGCGGCCGGGCGAAGAUUCGCAUCGAGAAGGCCAUGAAGGAGUACGAGGAGGAGGAAAAGCAGAAACGCCUGGGGCCGGGAGGGCUGGACCCCGUGGAGGUGUACGAGUCCCUGCCUGAGGAGCUGCAGAAGUGCUUCGAUGAGAAAGAUAUCCAGAUGCUGCAAGAUGCCAUCAGCAAGAUGGAUCCCACGGAGGCAAAGUUGCACAUGCAGAGAUGCAUCGACUCGGGGCUCUGGGUGCCCAACUCUCGGACUGAGGAGGGCGGAGACAAAGAAGAGAAGGAGGAGGAGACAGAAAAGGAGAAGCAGUGAAACAGUGACUCUCUCAGACUCUCAACUUCAAACCGUCAACCGCGGCGUGUACCUCCCUCCUGUCCCCUGUAAAACGAGUGACCGUGUAUUACCUCUCCCCCCUCCCCCAAUUCAGACUGUACUCCCCUUUUAUACCCUGUAUAAACCAUACUCCCCUUUACCCCCCAUAAACCACACCCCCCUUUACCCCUGAGCCCCCCAAAAAUACCCCCCCUUUUUAUACCCUCUAUAAACCACGUUUCUAUUUAUUCCCAAGCCUAGUAUAAACAUACGCCCCUUUUAUACCAUCUAUAAACCAUACUCCCCUGUUCCUCUGAGCCCCAGCAUAAACUAUACUCCUCUUUACCUCCCUGUUUAAGCCACACUAUCCUUAAUCCCCUCUGUAAACCAUAAUUCCUGUUCAUAUUUCAUACUUCCUAAAAUACUCAACACACACACGCACACACACACGCACACACACACACAC